UUCUCCGGUCCUCCGCCCCGGCCCCAGGGGCGCGAUGAGCUUCCUGAGCCGGCAACAGCCGCCGCCGCCCCGCCGCGCCGCGGCCUCCUGCACCUUGCGGCAGAAGCUGAUCUUCUCGCCCUGCAGCGACUGUGAAGAGGAGGAGGAAGAGGAGGAAGAAGGCAGCGGCCACAGCACCGGGGAGGACUCGGCUUUUCAGGAGCCCGACUCGCCACUGCCGCCCGCGAGGAGCCCCACAGAGCCCGGGCCCGAGGGCCGUCGCUCUCCGGGCACAAUCCCCGGCAGCCCGGGGGAGCUAGAGGAGGACAUGCUGCUGCGGGGCGCCUGCCCCGGCGCGGACGCGGCGGGCGGCGGGGCCGAGGGCGACUCGUGGGAGGAGGAGGGCUUCGGCUCCUCGUCGCCGGUCAAGUCGCCGGCGGCUCCCUACUUCCUGGGCAGCUCGUUCUCGCCAGUGCGCUGCGGCGGCCCGGGGGAUGCGUCGCUGCGGGGCUGCGGGGCGCGCGGGGCCGACGAGGGCGCCUGCUCGCCGCUGCCAGACUACCCGGGCACCCCGCCCCACAAGACCUUCCGCAAGCUGCGGCUCUUCGACACGCCGCACACCCCCAAGAGUUUGCUCUCCAAAGCUCGAGGAAUCGAUUCCAGUUCUGUUAAACUCCGAGGUGGCUCUCUAUUCAUGGAUACAGAAAAAUCAGGAAAAAGGGAAUUUGAUGUUCGACAGACACCUCAAGUGAAUAUUAAUCCUUUUACUCCAGAUUCUUUGUUACUGCAUUCCUCAGGACAGUGUCGUAGAAGAAAGAGAGCAUAUUGGAAUGAUUCCUGUGGUGAAGACAUGGAAGCCAGUGAUUAUGAGUUUGAAGAUGAAACAAGACCUGCUAAAAGAAUUACAAUUACUGAAAGCAAUAUGAAGUCUCGAUAUACAACAGAAUUUCAUGAGCUAGAGAAGAUUGGUUCUGGAGAAUUUGGUUCUGUGUUUAAAUGUGUGAAGAGGCUGGAUGGAUGCAUUUAUGCCAUAAAGCGAUCAAAAAAGCCAUUGGCUGGCUCUGUUGAUGAGCAGAAUGCUUUGAGAGAAGUAUAUGCUCAUGCAGUGCUUGGGCAACAUUCUCAUGUAGUUCGAUACUUCUCUGCAUGGGCAGAAGAUGAUCAUAUGCUUAUACAGAAUGAAUACUGCAACGGUGGCAGUUUAGCCGAUGCCAUAAGUGAAAACUACAGAAGUAUGAGUUACUUUACAGAAGCAGAGUUGAAGGAUCUCCUUUUACAAGUUGGCCGGGGCUUGAGGUAUAUUCAUUCAAUGUCUUUAGUUCACAUGGAUAUAAAGCCUAGUAAUAUUUUCAUAUCUCGAACUUCAAUCCCAAAUGCUGCCUCUGAAGAAGGAGAUGAAGAUGACUGGGCAUCCAACAAAGUUAUGUUUAAAAUAGGUGACCUUGGGCAUGUAACAAGGAUCUCUAGUCCACAAGUUGAAGAGGGUGAUAGCCGUUUUCUUGCAAAUGAAGUUUUACAGGAGAACUAUACUCACCUACCAAAAGCAGAUAUUUUUGCCCUUGCCCUCACGGUGGUAUGUGCUGCUGGUGCUGAGCCUCUUCCCAGAAAUGGAGACCAAUGGCAUGAAAUUAGACAGGGUAGAUUACCUCGGAUUCCACAAGUGCUUUCCCAAGAAUUUACAGAGUUGCUAAAAGUUAUGAUUCAUCCAGAUCCAGAGAGAAGACCUUCAGCAAUGGCACUGGUGAAGCAUUCAGUAUUGCUGUCUGCUUCGAGGAAGAGUGCAGAACAAUUACGAAUAGAACUGAAUGCUGAAAAGUUCAAAAACUCACUUUUGCAGAAAGAACUGAAGAAAGCCCAGAUGGCAAAAGCUGCAGCUGAGGAAAGAGCGCUCUUCACUGAUCGGAUGGCCACCAGGUCCACCACCCAGAGUAACAGAACAUCUCGACUUAUUGGAAAGAAAAUGAACCGCUCUGUCAGCCUUACCAUAUACUGAACUACUCAUUACCCACCUCCCCCCAAAAAAACUGUGACAAGAGGAAGCUAGGUUGAAAUCACUGCUAGAAUCCAGUUAGCAAUUCCUUUUUCAGUUGGUGUCAGUAGCUUUACUGAAAUACCUUUCAGGACUUAUUUGUGAAUCACAGUUGAAAGCUGCGUUUUGACCAGUGCUCUGUCAGGCUUUUGUCUAGCUUACCAGUCUGUCUUCUGUAGGGUGUCAGUCAGUGUUGGAUGUUACACCAGCCUUUCCAGGGUUAACCACUGUGGUGGUGUGCUGCUUAUGGUUUGCUGUUGCAUUGUAAUAAAAGGUAUCUUUUCCUGUAGUGACCUGUAAAAGAAGGACUCAAGGGCUUUAUUACAUACCUGUUCUCCCUUUGGAAAGGGAAAUGCUAAGAGACUCAGUACUCCUCAGCUGUCAGUGUACCUGUGUGUCAAUCUUAUAUUUCUUUUUUUUUUCUAAAUUGUGAAUUAUACUUGUAUAUCCAACUGGGAGCACUUUGUAGGCAUUGCAUGAACCAUGGAAUGAUAAUUCUGUGGAAGUACUGCCUUGUGAAUUUGCUGCUAUUUUAGUUUUGUCUUUGCUGUAAAAUUGUAGCAUUAAACAAUCAUUGUUGUUAAUAGGCUUUCUUUUUAAAACAAUUAUGUGAAAUAUAUAGCUACUCUUGAUGAAAGUAGCUAUUUGCCUUUUUUUUCCUUUGAACUUUGAAGCUAGUGCAUUGGAGAAAUGCACCACCCUCCCCUCCUUUGGAAUGCUGUAUUAAUGUAGUAUAAUUAUUACUGGUUUUGUACUUUUUUCCUAAUAAUACCCUUCUCUGACUCUUUAAAAAAUGUUUUCUCCUUCCACCCAAGUUUUGUACCUGAUUGUAUUGUUAGUCUGUUUUUAAAUGUUUUGCCCGGUUUCUCUUCAAUAUUUGUGUAUAUAAACUAAUCUUGGUAAUACUGUACAUAGCUGUUUGAAAUGCCAGAAUGAUUUCUGACUAUCCCAAGCUUUUCACAAAAUAUAUUUUAUCUGUGAUUAGCCAUUUGACUAAUAAUACUGGCUAACAGA